ACAAAUGGACGGUCCUGAUUUGUACAUCACCUUGACACGUGUACUGUGCAGAUAUAUCUAACAUAUACGGCUUUACUUCUUCAUCCUUGACUGUAUCAUCUAAAAUAUACGAUCUCACAAUUGACGGCCACGAUUUCUUCCCACUUUCAUACCUUAUCGAAGGCAAUACGCCUCUCUCCCCUCUAUAUAUGAAGAUACCAAUCUCAGACGUUCUUGAUCAUCCAACCUAUUUCCAUGGCGCCUUCCGACGAGCAAUCCACGAUCUCCUAUUACGCGAACAGAUUCCGAUCUCGAGUCUCCGAACGCGAUCGGAGUCGCGAGCAACAGUCGAGCAUACGGUCGAGAAUCCACAAGCUAGAGAAGAUCAAUGAAGAGCUCCGGAAGGAGAUCCGUCGGGACAGAGACGACUCUUCUCAAAGGCUCGCUUUCGUUGUUUCGGAUGGGAAGACGAAAGACGAUAACAUCCGAAUCUUAUCGGAGAAGAAUGAUAAGAUGAUAGAAGAGAAGGAGUAUUUGGAGAAAUGGUCGCACGUAUUCGAAGAAGAUCAGAUCUCGAUGGAGGCGAAGCUGUUGGAAGCUCAGACAGAUUUUAAAGAUCUUUUGCGAGAUUCGAAGCGGAUUGACUGUUUGCGGGAUCGAGCACUGUCUAUGUUGAGGAAUACCGCGUCGUUGGUGUGUAGUAGAUCGGACGGCGCGGAUGAAAAGAAGGUCAUUGGAUUCGACGGGGAGGAUGUGGAUGAGGAGACGAUAGCGAUGAUCAGACCGUUCGCAGCUGCGCUGGAGGCCGUUGAGAAUGCUUUUGAGGGUAGAGAGAGGAAAAUGAAGGAAAUGGAGAAAGCGAUUGAGGUUUUGAGUGGGAAUGAUGAAGAAGAAGAAGGGUUUGUGGAUGUGGAGAUUCUUCUUGGUGUGGAGAGAGGUUUGGAGAGAUUGCUUGGAGAAUCAUUCGACUAGAAAAUGUAUGGCGAUGCUCGUGCGAGAUCCUUUUUAUAAAGGGGUUACUCUUUCAAUGAAAACAUGCAAGUAAAUUCUUCAUUUUA